UGCACUUAGAUCUUUGCACACAUCUCUGCUCAUUUGCUCAGAACAAAUUCCUUCUUAUGGAAACCCUGUAAGCAAAGGAGUCCAGUGGGAUUUUGACUUCUGUGUAACGUUUAGUCCUACAUACUGGGUAGCCGGCAUCGUUUGCCUUUUGGCAGCCUCAUUUCUUACACAGGUUCCAUUUGAAGCUGUCCCCAGUCUUAGCAGGUCAGUUUCACACACCAGGAAUCACUCCACAUCUUCCACUUGUCUUACCUACCUAAACUGUUCCAACAAGCCUGUAAUUCAAGACUUAGCUAGAAAAAGGUUAUUUCCCAUGAACUAACAGUAUCUUUCCCAGCUGGCACGGUGGCUCACGCCUGUAAUCCCAACAUUUUGGGAGGGUGAGACAGGCAGAUCACCCGAGUCCAGGAGUUGAAGACCAGCCUGGACAACAAAGCGAGACUCCAUCUCUGCAAAAAAUACAAAAAUUAACCAGGCGUGGUAGUGCGUGCCUGUGGUCCCAGCUACUUGAGAGGCUGAGGAGGGAGGAUCUCUUGAGCCCAGGAGGUUGACUGAGGCUGCAGUGAGUUGUAGUUUUGCCACUAUACUCCAGCCUGGGUGAGAGUGAGACCUUGUCUCAAAAAAAUAAAAUUAAAAUUAAUGGUGUCUUUCCUAAUACAUGGGUUGUCAGUGGCCUUCACAACUCAAUCUCAUCCAGGUGGGUGCCACUUCUGCUAACACCUGUACUUAUAUAUUACCACUGCUUAAAAAAAAAUGUCGGCCAGGCACAGUGGCUCACGCCUAUAAUUCCAGCACUUUGGGAGGCCGAGGUGGGCGGAUCACGAGGUCAGGAGUUCGAGACCAGCCUGGCCAACGUAGUGAAACCCCAUCUCUACUAAAAAUACAAAAAAAAUUAGCUGGGCGUGGUGGCAGUUGCCUGUAAUUCCAGCUACUCAGGAGGCUGAGGCAGGAGAAUCGCUUGGACCCAGGAGGCGGAGGUUGCGGUGAGCCGAGAUCACGCCAUUGCACUCCUGGCUGGGCGACAAGAGUGAAACUCAAUCUUAAAAAAAAAAAAAAAAGCAUUACCUGCAGGUGAUAUGAGUUAGACACCAGUUCUAGGGCUGGUGGGGAAAGAGAAAUGAGGAGCCCAUACAGAUGUUGGAGUGGACCCUCCAAAGGCUGACAGAGCAAAAGAGGGUACAUGAUGAAGCAAAUGAAGCAACUAAAGGGUGGUGGCUGCAGUGACCUCAGGACCUAGGACUGACACCUGGAUGAGCAGGGUGACUGGCGGAACGUGGGAACAGAACAUUGAGGGAGGGCCUCGACUGGAAACCAUGGCUACCGUGUUGAUGAGAACUCCCAGCUGCCUGGACCAAGAAGCUGGUGCUGAAGAACUCGGCAGGGCGUCCGAGAGGAGCUGUGUCCAUGUCGGCCCUGCUGGCCAGGUGAGCUGACUGCCCUCCCCUCAAGCCACCGGUACACGCGAAGACCACAUCGCUAGUUUCCUGGGUGCACUGCCACCAUGCUCUGGUUCUGCAACAGUGCCAACUGCCAAUUUUCAGUCUUCGCCCUUGCCACCAUAGGAUGGAUCCUCUCCUCUACGUCCAUGGGUCUCGUGGAGUGGCGAAUAUGGUACAUGAAAGACACCCUGCUCUACCCCCCUGGAAUCGCCUGCGUGGGAAUAUUUAGAGUCUGCGUUUACCGGCAUCGCACCAACAGCACCACAACCAAAUUUUGUUACCGAUACAGCUACCGGGACACCUUUCUCCCUUUCGAAAUUUCCAUGGCUCAACGCUUUCUACUGACUGCCAGCAUUUUCGGAUUCUUUGGGAGAGCCUUUAACAUGUUUGCGCUUAGAAACAUGUCCAUGAGAAUAUUUGAGGAGGACACCUACAAUUCAUUCGUUGUUUCAGGAAUUCUCAACAUUGCUGCUGGUGUCUUUAACUUAAUUGCUGUGCUCCAGAACAACGAUGCCAUCAUAAACUCACAGGGGAUCAUCUUCCCGCCAUCUCUCCAAAUGCCCUUCAAGCCAGAUGUGCAGGAAGUUGGCACUGCCAUUCAAGUGGCAGGGAUAGGUGUCUUGCCGAUGCUGUUAACUGGGAUGUUUUCUCUAUUUUACAAAUGUCCCCUGUACGGCCAACUGCAUCCUGGUAUUUCAGAAAUGUGAAUUUCCUGCUUGCAUUGGCUUUGCAAAUCUAAGAUUUCUGGGAGUUUGUGGAAAAUGUUAUUAGCAUGCUCUACCAAAUAUUGCCAACGACUCAAGACCAUGGCAUGGGUAGUUUGGGACAGAAGGUGGCCAACUGCCUCCUUCUGUUGUCUUGUGUAUCUGAAUGUGGUUCACUGAUUUGUUGGUUGAAUUGAGAACUUUUAUUUAAAAGUCUUCCCACCUGCCAGUUGGUCUUAUUGCAUCUGAAUUUUAAUUAUUGUUGGCUAAAGCAAAUAAUCAACCCUGUAAACUAAGAGUAGGGAAAUAAGAGUUUCUGAGUACAUUAACUUCUCACAUUUCCCUCUUAAACUUUUGCUACAAACAAUCAUAGGCCAGGCAUGGUGACUUACGCCUGUAAUCCCAGCACUUUGGGAGGCCGAAGUGGGAGGAUCACUUGAGGCCAGGAGUCCAAGACCAGCCUUGGCAGCAUAGCAAGACCUGGUCUCUACAAGAAAAAAAAAAAUAGCUGGGUGUGGUGGUGUGUGGCUGUGAUUCUAGUUACUUGGGAGGCUGAAGUGGGAGGAUCACUUGAGCCCAGGAGUUGGAAGCUCCAGUCAGACAUGAUGGCACCACUGCACUCCAGCCUGGGCCAUACAGCAAGACCCUGUCUCUUUAAAAAAAACUCCAAUAAACAAAAAACCAAGAAUGGACCUUAUUUUCUGUGUCAUGGUAAUAACAUCUCCCUACCAUAUAAAGUUUUCUAAAAUGUGCAAAAGUAGAGAGGAUAGCAUAAGGAAUCUCCACACCCACUGCCAGAUUCCACAGUUACUGAGAUUAGGGCACUUCCGCUUUCUCUUUCCAUCCUUUUACCUUUCUAAUCUGUGUUUCUUUUUCCUACGUUUUUUUUUUUUUUUUUUUUUGACACAGAGUCUUGCUCUGUCGCCUGGACUUGAGUGCGGUGGCGUGAUCUCAGCUCACUGCAACCUCUGCCUCCCAGGUUCAAGCGAUUCUCCUGCCUCAGCCUCCCGAACAGCUGGGAUUACAGGCACCUGCCACCACGCCUGGCUAAUUUUUGUAUUUUUAGUAGAGACGGGGUUUCACCAUGUUGGCCAGGCUGGUCUCAAACUCCUGGCCUCAAGUGAUCCGCCUGCCUUGGCCUCCCAAAGUGCUGAGAUUACAGGCGUGAGCCACUGCGCCCGGCCUCUUUUUCCUAAGUAUUUUAAAGCAAACCCCAGACACAUGUCCCUUCAUCCCCUAUAGUCUUAAAAAGUGGACAUUUCUCACAUAACCAUAUAUGUAAAAAACUGAGCAGUUAUUCCUCGUUAUAAAAUAGUCAGAAUGUUUAGAUGCCUUAAAAAUAAUUCUGUAGUUUUAUUUGUCCCACACAAAGUGCUCACUCUGCCUCUGAAGUGUUCAUCUAAAACACUCCCCCAGUGCACGUGCACACACACACACACACACACACAGAGCAACCCCUUUGCCUUUUUUUUUUUUUUUUUUUUUUUUUUUCCUGAGGCAGGGUCUCACUCUGUCUCCCAGGUUGGAGUGCAGUGGCAUGAUCAAGGAUUGGUGCAGCCUUGACCUCCAGGCUCUGGUGAGCCUCCCACCUCAACUUCCAAAGUAGAUGGGACUACAAGCGUGCACCACCAUGCCCGCCUAAUUUUUUGUGUUUUUGUAAAGAUGAGGUCUUGCCAUGUUGCCCAGGCAGGUCUUGAGCCCCUGGGCUUAAGUGAUCCUCUUCCCUCAGCCUCCCAAGCACUGAGAUUACAUGUGAGAACCACUGUGCCUGACCUCAUGUGCCUUUUUAAUAAAUGAUUUUGAUUUGCUGAAGAAAGUGGGUUAAUUUAACUCGUUACCUCUAGAGGCUUGAUUAGAGUCCUGGUCAGUUCUCAGAGGAAGAGUAUUUCAUAGGUGGUACCACGUACUUCCUGCUGACUGCACUAUGCCGGGGGUACAUGGUCAUUAUCCCUUUCAGUGAUGCUAAGAUUGAUCAGUGGAUCCAUGAAGGGAAUACCUGAUCCCUUUUGUAAGUUGCUUCAUCAAACUUCCACCCAACCCUGAUGGUUUCAUCUAUUGAUGGUCCUUGUUUGAAUAAAUUAUUGCACUGAGGAUUGCGAGUGGUGACCUUUCUUUUCUUCCAUCCCUCCCCCUCCCUCUCUCCCUCAUUCCCUUCCUUCCCUUCUUCCCUCUCUCCCUUCCUUCCUUCCCUCCUUUCCUCCUUUCCCCUUUUCAUUCUCUCCCUCCCUCCUUCCCUCCUUCUCUUUUUCUCUUCCUCUUCCCCCCCGUUCUUCCAUUCCAUCCCUCCCUCCCUCCCCUCCUCUCCCUCCCCUCCUCUCCCUUCCUCCUUCCCCUCCUCUCCCUCCUGUUUUCCUCCUCUUUCUCCCUUCUUCCCUCCUUCUCUUCUCUCCUCCUUCCCUAAUUCUUUCCUUCUGUUUCUCUUUCCCUCCUUCCCUCUCUCCCUCCUUCUCUCCUUCUCUCCCUCCCUCCUUCCUUCCUUCUCUUCUUUCCCUCCCCUCUUCCCUCCUCUUCCUCCCUCCUUCCCUCCUUUUCUCCUUCCCUCCCUCCCUCCCUCCUCUCCUCCUUCUCUCCCUCCCUACUUCCCUCCUUCCCUUCUUCCUACAGGAAUCUCUGUCGCCCAGGCUAGAGUGCAGUGGUAGGAUCAUGGGUCACUGUAAUCUCACACUCUUGAGCUCAAGCAACCCUCCCGCCUUAGCCUUCCAAGUAGCUGGGACGACAGAUGUGUGCCAUCAUGCCCAGCUAAUUUCUAAUAAGUUUUUGUAGAGAUGGGAUCUCACCAUGUUGCCCAGGCUGGUCUCCCACUCCUGUCCUCAAGCAAUCCUCCUGUCUCGACCUCCCAAAACUGUAAGUGGUGACUUUCUAAUGUGAACAUUCUAGCCAGAUAUAUCAGCUGGGAUGCUUUUGUGCGAGGGUCUAUGGUCCCAGCUACUUGGGAGGCUGAGGUGGGAGACUCUCUUGAGCCCAAGAGUUGGAGACCAGCCUGGGUGAGACCCCAUCUCUAAAAAAAAAAUAAAAAGUUUUCCCUCAUCAACUAUGGCUAUUUGGUUACUCUAAAAUUCAGUGCGUACACAAAAAAGGGGAGAGUAAAUGCUUCAUUCUUUGCUCCAAUUGUUGAUUUCUAGAGUGAAAAAGGAGAAUCAGGGUUGACCAAUGUAUUGGUUGUUUUUGCUAUUUCCAUUUUUUUUUCUUUUUCUUUUUUUGAGACAGGGUCUCAAUGUUGCCCAGGCUAGGGUGCAGUGGUGCGAUCUCAGCUCACUGCAACCUCCACCUCCCAAGCUCAAGUGACCCUCCAACCUCAACCUGGAGAGUAGCUGGGACUACAGGUGCACGCCACCAUGCCAAGCUAGAUUUUGUAUUUUGUAGAGACAGCAUUUCACCAUGUUGCCCAGGCCGGUCUCGAACUCCUGAGCUCAAGCCAUCUGCCUGCCUCGGCCUGAACUCAUGAAAUUGUUUCUGUGUUUUUAUUUUGGAAAUUUUCAAGUGCAUUACAAAGUAGAGAGGCUAUGGCCUCAGCCUCAGUCAUUAUCAAUAUCCGACCAGCCGUGUUUCAUCCCUGCCCUUACUCCCUGUCCUGUCUCCACCACGGAUGAAUUUAAAUAAAUCCCUGGCAAUAUGUUAUUGUAUCCACAAAUACUUCUAUAUGUACCUCUCAAAUAUACAGACCUUCUUUUUU